CGUAUCCUUAUGCUGUCCAGUUAGUUGUAACGUUGACGCGUACCAAACCAUAUUUGUUGUUUUAAUUAUUUGAUAAUGAAACUCUCCUUCUUAAUAACGUUAUUUGCUGUUGUAACAUCAAUAGAAUCAAGAGGGCAAGUAAAUAAUGGCAAAGACCUGAAUUCGGUGAAGAAAGUUACGAGUAAGAAUACUAAUGAAGACGGAGAUUCUGAUGAAUCUACAGAAUACGACGACGACUGGCGAUCGACCCUAACGACUCCAGACCCAAAACGCGUUGAACGCCUUAAGUCGCUACAGAAAGAAUCGAGAUCGAUGACUAAUGAAGAUUUAUAUGAGAGAGGAUAUCCAGAAACCGGAUUAGUAUUUAAUUCUACUACAGACGAAAGCAUUUAUUUCAGUACGAAAUAUAAAAGUUUAUCGGAAGCCAAAUGCUAUCAAUACAGGAAUCAACUUCUUAGACACAAAUUUUUAAAAGAAGACCAGGAAGGUCCUGGCUUUGAAAUCGUAGGUGGUGAGGAGGCAUCAAUUAUAGACCAUCCUUAUGUGGGUGGCCUGGGAUAUGAAUUGACGCGUGGCAAAUUGAACUUUAUCUGUGGAUGCACACUGAUAAGCCAUCACUUCGCAUUGACCGCUGCACAUUGUGCGUCAAAAAAGAAUAAACGACCAAGUAUUGUUCGAUUCGGAACAGACAACAUUCAUGAACAUGGCACUGACUACAACAUUUAUCAUGUUAAACAAUACCCUACAUAUCGCCAUUAUUCGAGUAAACCGGAAGAUUAUGAUAUCGCACUCGUUCAAACAAAAUCGAGAAUAGAGUUCAACAAAUUUGUUCAACCUGCCUGUCUGUGGCGCAGCGAGGACACUACCAGUCUUACUCACGUCUCUGUGUCGGGAUGGGGUACUACAAAUCCAAAUGGCAAACAAAUGAGCUUCGAACUUCAAAACGCUUAUUUGGAAAUUGUAAAUAAUACAGAGUGUAAGGUUAGAUACAAAAAUAAUGGUGCUCGCUACAAACGUAUUUCAAGUAAUCAAAUAUGUGCCUCAAAAUUAGGCGUUGACAGUUGUCAGGGCGAUUCAGGCGGACCCUUGGAGGCGUAUUCAAACCGUAUUCAAUUUGUGAUAGGUGUUACAUCACAUGGACAUGGUUGCGCUGAAAGUAACGUUCCUGGUAUUUACAUUAGGGUUGCUAGAUUUGUAAGCUGGAUUCAACGAACUGUAUGGAAGAAUUGGGAUUAGUCUACGUGCACCCUUAAUUUAACAA